CGAAUUUUUCCUCAAAUAAUUUUUUGAGCUGAAACAAUUACUGCGCGUGUUCUGCAGCAAACCGUAACAAGAAGGCAAUUUUGAAGAAAUUCGUAACGGCUUUCAUCUUGUAUCACAUUCACCUGAGAGAGUUGGUAAGACUAUUAUUGUUACUUUCUAGAAAAUUCAUUCUAUUAGAAGAGGAUAUUUUGAAAGGACUUUAGCUUGCGGACUAUUUGCUUCUCAUCAUCCUAAUAAUAAUUUAUUCCAUCAUCAUAUUAGAAAUAUAUUAAUAUAAAACAAAGAAAAUGUCAAAGAACACCUCAUUCAAGAAGUAUACAGGAGGUCUCUCCCAAUCCAUAUCCAUCCUCAACAAUGUAAAUGCUCUCCCAAAUGCUCCACCUGUGGUUAACAAAUUCUACAGUGAAAACUUUGGAGGAUCUUCCUCCAACACAACCCAACCAACAACUUCCUAUAAUCAUCAUUUAAAUCCUUCCAUCAUCAAAAAGACCACAACAACUACCACAUCAAAUAGUGAUGCAUUUGCUCAGAAUUAUCACUAUCACAACAUUACAUACUACCAAGGUCAUUCUAAACAACGUUAUCAACAAUAUCAUCAUCAACCUAAUGCUGUUAAUCCAUACUUUGAUGAAGAAGCUUUCUUCCUCCAACAAGAACCAUAUCCAGAAUAUAUUGCUGCCACUUCUUCAUCAGUAACAGAUGAAAUAAUACCAUCCACCUCCGCUUCCACACCAAAUGAAACUAAGAAAAAGAUCCAAUAUAUUGGCUCUCGUAUCUAUAGAAAAUCAACAACCACAACUACCACAUCAGGACCACCUUCACCUAACAAGAAUAAGAUACAAAGAGAAGCUAAUCAAUAUGGGAAGAGAGCAUUCCACACUAACUUGAAUACAUUUGCUUCACCUGGUUCUAUCAACUUGUCUCGAGCUUUUAGUCAAGAAUCACGAACACCUCAAAGUAUUAUAGUUGAAUAUGAUGACGAGUUUGAAAGAAAGUUGGCAAUAAUAACAGGACCAGAGUCACAGGAUGAAAAUAACAACAAGUGGUUGAUCGUUGACAUACAUGGUAUGAACAAGGUUGUAAAUUCCAAUCAAUUAACCUAUCAAUUUUCGAAUGAGAGUAAUGACAAAAGAUUCAACAUUGAUGAUGCCAAGCAAAUGCAAAUUGAUAGUGCCAAUAUGAUUUCAAACCUUACAACUGAGGAUUGUGACAAGAUGUGGAGAUCAUUUUUACAACGAAAGAAUGUCAAAAUAACUAUCAAGGAAGCUUCAGAACACCUAUUCCAAUCUACAGAUGCUACUGCCCUCUACUCUGCCUACAGAUUCUUGUACAAAAACCCACUCUACUUUAAACAUACAUCCAAUCUCAAUUUUGAAUGCAGAUCCCUUAGAGAAGUCGAAGAAUUGAAACAUAUGGGAUCCGAGGAAAAGGAAAACAUUCUUCUAGAUAAGCUCUUCUUACUCAAGAUAACGAAUCGUCUCUUGGUAACAAAUGAAGAGAGGAGUCUAUUUUACAAACAAUUAAGAAAUAAUAUAAUGAAGGAGAUUAAAGCUAUGCGACCUGAUAUUGAAAUAACUAGGGAUAACUUAGAACUCGAUGAACAAAAGGACGCAGAGAGGCUAGGAGUAUUCAGACAAUAUGCGCUGGGAAUGUACUCUAAUCUUGAAAGUAGAAAGAGGAUUUAUGAAGCAUUUUUCAAACCUCUAGGUGCUGAUGAUCACUUGCAGGCAUUCAGAGUUGCAAGAGAUUUGAAACUAUUCAAAACACAAAACAUUCACUUAUUGAGGUCAAUGGAAGAAGAUAUGUGCCACAUGAAAGAAGAGGACAAAUUUAAGCAAAUUGUGGAAGAAGCUAGGAAUUCUAUAAUGUCUGCAUCAGAUCCAGACAGCAAAAUCAGAAAAGACUUGAGACACCUGACUGUAUUUACAAUUGACGAAUAUCCAAAGACUACAGAAGUUGAUGAUGGAGUCAGUAUUGAAGUUAAGAAUGGUGAAUACUACAUAUAUGUUCACAUUGCUGAUGUUACCAGAUACAUUGAUCAAGGCUCAAGCAUCGAUAAGGAAGCUCAAAAAAGAGUAUCCAGUGUUUACCUGCCUGACAUUAAGUUCAGUAUGAUUGCUGCUGAUCUGAGUGCAAACAUUCUCAGUCUUUCUGAUUUGAAGGAAAACUUUUCAUUAACCUUCUCUUCAAAGAUUAAUAGUGAUGGUUCUCUAUCUGAAUGGGAUGUCUUUCCAGCAAUACUCGGAAAGGUCAAGAAGGUAGAUUACUCUAUGGCUGACAACAUUAUUGAAAAUACUGUCCAAGCUGAACCUGAAGUUCAACAAGCUUUCGAACAUAUGGUUAAAGUUGCUAAUUUACGUUUUGCCUUUAGAAUGGGUAAAGGUGCAACUCCACCAACUUUGACACCAAGACCAAAGGUUUAUGUCAGCGACUCUGAGAAGAAUAUUGAAGUUUCCACAACAUUUGAGGAACUUGUGAGUCCUUCUAGAAGAUUGGUACAAGAAUUUAUGAUUGCUGCCAACGAAAUUGGAGGAUUCUAUGCUCAUCAACAUGAUAUUGCUGUUCCUUAUAGAGGUACUAGAACUGUUACUACUGAUCUUCCACCUCUUCUUUCCAAUGAAGAAAUGCAAAAGAUUCUUUCUCUUCGUACUAACUUGCCUGAAAAGGAUGUUUGUGAAUUGGUUGUUGAUUCUAACAAGAAAUUCUACCCUAUUGCAGGUGUUUGCAUUAAUCAAUCACCAAAAUUCCACCAAGGCAUUGGUAGUGCAAACUAUGUUCAAGUCACAUCUCCAAUCAGAAGAUACAGCGACUUGAUGGUUCACUAUCAACUCAAGGCUCAAAUGAGAGGAGAAAAACAACCAUUUACCUGGGAUGAAAUUCAAGAAAUGAUCUUUGCUAUUGAACCAACAACUAGAGCUAUCAAUAGUUUGCAAAAGAAGAGUGAACGUUUUUGGUUAUUGAAGUAUUUUGAACAAAAUCUUACCAAAUCAUCAAAUCUUAAUAAGUACAAGGCACUUGUAUUAGAAACUAGAAAGAACUCUGUUACAAGUUUGGAUCCUAAUGAACUUCCUUACACAUCAGAGCUUUAUCUUAUGGAAUCAGCUUUUAAGACUAGUGUCAAGUCAGCUCAAAAUAGGGCUGCUGGAAAUUUAGUAUUUGUUAGAGUUUCUUCGGUUUCUCCUUACAAUGAUGAAAUCACUUUUGAAGAAGCAUAGAUGUAAAUAAAAAAUUUAGUGGGUUUAUUCU